UCUGCUGCUAGCUUCAUGCUAACCUGCGGAACAGCGGUGACAACUCACAUCUGUUAUAUUUCAUAUUUCACUUGGCAAGAGUUCACGUCUGCCCGGAACUCAUUUUAGACAACAGCCGCAGAAGCAGAGCCUGGAUGUUAACGGCAGGGCAUGGCGGUGUUUGAGAACUGCUCCAUCCUUCUGGAGCUGAAGAAUGUGCCUUUCAAGCAGAAGAGGAGGUUGAAGUCGGCAAUAACAGACAAUGGAGGAAACAUUUGCUUUGUGGUCCAUCAACAGUGCUCUCUGAUUGUGACCAGUGAUGUCUCCAACCUGAGCACCAACAGGCUGCGUAGCAUCCAAAAAUACCAAACGCCUGUGGUCGGGGUGGAUUAUGUGUACAGCUGUGUGGAGAGAGGAGAUCUUCUGCCUGUGGAUGGAUACAGGCUGGAUGUGCCCUCUCCCUCCGCUUCUUCAAACCCUCCUCCUGUCUUCUCAUGGAUGCAACAGAGUGGAAAUCCACCAAAUAAAUACCAAGGGUCCAAAGUACCAACAAGCAAAGCAGCUGCUGAGCCAUCCAAAAUCCCCACCAAUCCUGCGACUCAGGGGGCAGAGACUCCACACAGCAGCGAAAAUGUCCUGGGGAAGUUCAGGAUUUAUACUGAAACGGAUUCUGACCUUCCACCGUAUCCGGAUAAUUUUCAAGUGGCCAAGUUUUCAAUCUUCGAAAAGAUAAAGAGCAACUCUUGGUGUGUGCUGGAGCUGCAUAGUCUCAGAAGGGAGAAUGGAUCUCAGUACCGAGUGGUCCGGUACUGGAAGGAAGAUAUAUUAUCCAAGAAGAUGGAGGUGAGGGAUCUGCUGGUGUUUCUGUCCACAUCAGAGGAUGCUGUGGAGGUCUACAAGGAACUCAGAGACACCCUGCAGGCUUCUGGUCUGCAGCUGAGGAGCAGCCUCCCUCCUCAGGCCAGGCACCUGGGCUCUGCCCCCCUUCAGCAGCUACUGCUGGAGAAGAAGCUGAACACAGGAAGCUUAUCACAGGAAGUGGGCACAUUUGUGGAGCUGCUGUGGACUGAGGCCCUCGGCUGCCUGAGCAACAUCCUCAGGGUUUCAGUCGACAAGCUCAGCCUAAAUGAUGUGAGCAGGGUGGAGGGCUUGUUGCUUCAGGCUCAGAUGAAGCUGAAGGAGGCGAAUCAUGCUGAGGUGGCGUGUCUCUUGGAUGAGGUUCACACCCUGCUGCCACUCAAAACACGCUCACCUCCAAGUGCCAAGCUCAUUUCCCAGUUGCUGGACCUAUGUCAGUUAAUCAGAGAUGUUCUGAACGUGAGUGAGAUGACGUUGAGGAGCCCCGUGCCUUCCUGUCUGGGGAAGUACCGCGCUCUGAGGUGCAGCAUUGAGACUGUUCCCCGCAGCAGCUCCGAGUUUCAGGCUGUGACCGCUCUGCUGCAGGACAGCAAGGUGCAGAUCCAACAGGUUCUGCGUGUCAGCAGAGGCGUGGAGCUCCAGACAUUUAAGAGUGAUCUUGGGAACAUUAAGCCCCUCCUUCAUUCCUCCAGCCCCAGCAACUUUGUAGGACUCCUGUCUCGUGGUCUGCUGCUGCCUCGUGUUGGAGUGGAGCAUCAUGGGAUAGACAGAACAGACGCUGGUAAUCUGGGCAGUGGAAUCUACUUUGGUGAUGCUGUUGGCACCAGUUUGAAAUACUCAAAGGCCAGUGUGACGGACGGCUCUCGACUGCUGCUGGUGUGUGAUGUGGUGUUGGGACAUUGCCGGGACGUCCACAAGAGAGAUCCAACACUGACCCAGGCUCCUGAGGGACACCACAGCGUGCAUGGGGUCCGCCGCACCCCAAACACUCACUCUGAGUUUGAGGAUGAUGAGUACGUGGUGUACAGUCCUGAUCAAGUGAAACUCAAGUAUGUGGUUCAGUUCAGCAUCGAAGGAGACCAGCUGAAGGAGUUCAGUCCUGACAUCGUCACCUCAGCGGAGCCAUGUCUGCCCUCUUCUGACCAAGAGCUCAGCUCAGAGGAGAACGGGGUUGAAAGCAUUAACAACCCUCUGGAGGGAGUGACGGCUGGACUGUUGGACAGCUCUGGUCAGCAGAUCCCUCUGCAGGCCGUCCAUGUGAAGUGCAAACUGAUGGACCUGCUUUCUCAGGUCGUCAUUUUCCAAAAAUACACCAACAUGAGCUCUGUGCCUAUUGAAGCCAAGUAUGUCUUCCCGUUGGAUGAUUCUGCAGCAGUGUGUGGAUUUGAAGCUUUCAUCAAUGGGAAACAUGUGGUGGGACAGGUGAAGGAGAAAGAGACUGCUCGCAAAGAGUACAAGCAGGCUAUUGAGAAAGGCCACGGAGCCUAUCUCAUGGACCAGGACGCUCCUGAUGUGUUCACCAUCAGUGUGGGCAAUCUGCCUUCCGGUGCGACUGUCCUCAUUAAAGUUACCUUUGUGUCUGAGCUGAUCAUCAAGGACGGGAGUAUUCUCUUCUCCCUGCCCGGGAGUGUGGCUCCAUGGCAGGAGAGUGCAGCGCUCAACCAGACCACACAGGUCACUGUGGAGAAGGUGUGUGUGACCGAUGAGGCAGCCAGCAAGAGAGAGUUCACUCUGGACAUGUCAGUUGAGAUGCCGUAUGAGAUCACCAGCCUGGAAUGCAUCACUCACCAAAUCAAGAUUAAGAGAACCGACUGCAAGGCAGUGGUGAGUGUGCUGCCAGGAGAGGUUAUGGGUCCAGAUGGUUUCCAGCUGUCAGUCACUCUAUCUGAGGUCCACCUGCCCAGGAUGUGGGUGGAGAAACACCCAAGCAACGACAGCCAGGCCUGCAUGUUAGUUUUCUAUCCAGACUUUGACGUCAACUCCAGUUCAGCAUCUGAUGAAGUCGUCCUGCUGCUGGACACAUCUGAGUCUAUGAAGGGAGAGUCUCUCCGCACGGCGCAGAGAAUCGCCCUGCAGGUCCUCAAAACCCUCGACAAGAAGCUCAGAGUCAAUGUCAUUUUGUUUGGCACAGAUCACACAGACGCUUUCCUGACAGCUCAACCGCUUGUUAAAGGUCGGCAAGCAGCAGAAAGCUUCAUCAGGUGCCUUAACCCAGUAGGGGGCAGCACUGAGCUGUGGAGGCCUCUGCGAGCUCUCAGCCUGCUGCCUCCAUCCCAAGGUGUCAGGAACCUGCUGCUGCUGUCAGACGGCCACAUCCAGAACGCAGAGCUCACCUUGCAGCUGCUCAGAGACAAUGUUCAGCACAGCCGCCUCUUCACCUGCGGCCUCAGCCCAACAGCCAAUCGGCACAUGUUGAGAGCCCUUGCCCAGUCCGGGGGCGGAGCCUUUGAAUUUUUUGACACAAAAACCAAACACAACUGGGCAGAGAAGGUAGCACGUCAGGUGAAGCGCAUGGCAUCUCCCGGCUGCAACUCAGUGUCAGUAAAGUGGCAGCAGUUCAACCCGACAGCCCCUCCUCCUAUACAAGCCCCCAAGCAGCUCAAUGCUCUGUUCAGUGACUCUCACACACUGGUUUAUGGUUUUGUGCCGCACUGCACUCAGGCCACACUGCUUGGAAAUCUGAGUGGUCAGGAGCUCAAAACCAUGGUGUCGACCACUGAGCUGCAGAAGACCAGGGGCACAUUUGUUCACAAGCUCACAGCAAGGGCCCUCAUAAGGGAUUACGAAGACGGAAGCCUGGCCCCCGAUGAAGCUGAACAUGAGGGGAAGAAAGCAGAGCUGAAGAGCUUCAUCAUCACGUUAAGCAAAGAGUUCUCCAUCCUGUCACAGUUCACCAGCUUUGUGGCCAUCGAGGAAAGGGAUUCAGAGCAGGCAGAGGGCUUCACAGACAUCCCCAAGUUGAUCGCAGAGGAAGAUGUGGACUUCCUUCCCUACAUCAGCUGGAUUACUCCUAAGCGUCAUGGAAAAUGUCUAGAUUAUACUGACCCUGGAGAAUCUGACGAUGAAGAGGAAGAUGAUGAUAUGGGUUUUGGCCUUCUGUCACCUAGUUCACUAUCAUAUAUGCCUGGAGAUGGUCUAAAAUCUCCAAUUUGUCUUGAAAAUGUGGAAUGGAAAGAUGAAGAUGGGGAAGACCAGCUUGAAAAGUCUGAAGAGAGCUUCUGGGAGUGUUACGAUGCAGCUGAAGAAUGCUCGAUGCAGCCUUCACCCACAGGUGCCUCGCCUUUUCCACUCGCAUUUGCAGAAAUGGAUUUUCUUUGUCCACCAAGUAACUCUUCACAUGCACAAGCCCACACCUCUCCAGUCCUUCGUCCUCCCCCUCCUAUAUGUUUGGGACUCCCAACUCCUCCUCCUCCUCCUCCUCCUCCUGACAUUUAUCGCUUUUCACCCUUAAGUUGUCGUCUUCCUCUUCCUCCUCCUCUUCCUGCUCCUCACACUUCUUCUUCUGCAUUCUCAUUUGGUUCUCCUCCUCCUCCUCAUCUUCUUCUUGGUGCUCCUCCCCCUCCUCAUCCUCCCACUUCUUCCUCUGCAUUCUCAAUUGGUCCUCCUCCUCCUCCUCUUCAUCCUCCUGGUCUUCCUGCUUUCUUUCCUUCUUUUCCUUCUCAGAGAGUCGGAUUUGGUGCAUCUGCACCUUCAGAUGGGCUUUUAUUUGGUGCUACGCCUCGUCCUGUUUGUGGAUUUUCUGCACCUUCAGAUGGGCUUUUAUUUGGCAGCGCUCUAACUCCAGUCAGUCACUCAGUGGAGCAACAAACCCAACAAAUGUCUUGGCAGCCACAGUUAGAAGUUGAUUGUCAAGUUGCUUCAUUUACCCGGGGAUACAGACACAAGGGAAAAAAAAUGAGGCAUACAGAUACUAAGGGUUAUCAAAAGUACGCUGAAGAGUUACAUGUCACAGAAGGAGGAUCAGAACAGUCUUCCCUAACCUCAGUCUUAGGCACAGUUGGGUCCACAGCUGUCUCCAGCUUACUCCACAGAUAUAAAGGACUGAGUCGGCCACAGCGGUUUCUUCAGAUGACUAACUGUGGUGUCGGUGAUUCUGACGUCAUAGAGGGAUCUCCUGAGAGAUCAGAAGCCCCUUCCCCCAAAACACAUAACAUGCUGGAUGAUACUGAAAUUCAGAAGGAUUUGAUUCGAUUCGAUUCAAUUGCAAUGGGUGGAAGUGAACCUGCUGCUGAUGGAAGUGAAUAUAUGUUCAUGGCGCAGAAACGGUUUAAACAAAAAGCAAAGACCAUUCAAGUGAGAAGGCAUGCUCUGACUUCCUCUUCAAUGUUACAACAACCCUCUGAGUCAGCGGAUCCUGAAGUACUGAAGCUCAGAUGGACCAAGAUCUUCCAGAUGCAGCAAUCAGAGGGCUACUGGGAGUUAACCACAGAGCUGGGAGAAUGCAUCAAUGUCGAUGUAUAUUGCUUUGCCAACGUGUUCCUGAAAAGCAGGGGCAUCCAAUCUCUAGGCGCGAAGGCCCAUGCGGACAUCCUGAGGCUGGUGGCUACUCUUCUGGUGCUGCAGCUGAUGAGGGUGGAGAAGCUGGAGGAAGGCAAACUGCUCCGCACCCUCUUCUGCCUGGACGACUCCUCUCAGCCCAGGCCUGAGCGGUGGGAGGAGGUGAAGAGAGCAGUGGACUGGGUCUGCUGGGCUGACCGGCAGUACCCAUGUGUCUACAGCCGGCUGGAGUUCGGUCUGAGCUGGGAGUCCUCCACACGUCAGCUGCUGGGCUACGAAGGACUCCCUCCUUCCUCACCUCUGUGUGGGCUGAACCUGCGGAGAACCCCUGCCCCAUUACUGGUCCACUGAGCAGACAGACAAAAUGCAUAGCUGUAUGCCUUUUUAGAGGAGGGAAGGUGAAAUCUUUAAACUAGAAAUGUUUUCAAACACAUUUGCACUCCUUUCUUUGCCUUAUGUAAAGCAUUUUGAACUGUCAGUGUGUUUACCUGCUCUUACAUACAGUUGGCUUCCUGCAGUUAGCGGAUUUCUUCAAGUUCACAUGAAACAUGUAGCGCACUGCUAUUGUAUUGUAAAAACAGCAGCAAUGGGGGAUCAUGCCCCGAAUAAUGAUUGAAGUUUACGUAUUAGUUGAUAGUGCCUAAUGUGCAUCACUGACUCUGGCCAGACAAGCAGCUCCAGGUGAACGCAGCUGACCCAGGACAGAACGUGUCCACAGAUAUGUCAUUUCCAUGCUCACUAUUCAUUGUCUGUGUAAGCAGCCAUUUCAAAAGCCAAGGUGUCAUAGUGCCUGCGUCUUAUUUGCAUAAAGUUGUAUUUUAGUCCAAUUUAUCAAGUUGUGUUUUCAUACAUGCUACGUCCCUCUUCGUAUACAUCCAUGGCAGUCUUAUAAAAUUUAAUCAAGCAUUUAUUCAAUGCAAAAUUAGUCCAAUGACUAUCAGCUCCUAGUUGAUCCAUUACUUGAACCUGACCCUGAAUUAUGUCAGACUGAUCUGCUGUCAGUAAAUGCCAAAAAUGAUUAUUUGUUCUGUAGACCCAAAAAUAGGGAUGUGAGAAAACUACUUUGUCUUCGUGGGAACUUAGUAAAUUUCAGAAACAGUUUCCUUAAUCGAGUUAAGGGGGGAAAGAUUCACUGAUAAUCUGUUAUAAAUGUUAGCUCACUUUUUAAUUAUCUUAAUUCAUCUUCAAAGUUAUCUUUCAUACUCUGAGUGUUUUUAAUAGCUUUAUUAGCUUAUGAAGGCCUUUUCUUUGUAAGGGUCUUUUUGUUGUUGUGUUUCCUUGUCUUUGUUUUGAUCAACUUCAUGUCAUUGUAAAUGAACAUCUUCGCACAGUAAUCUCGCAAGUAUAAAUAAAGUUUGAAUGAAUAAAUUAA